UCAAAUUUAUACUGGGCCAUAAUGCGGUGCUGCAUCUUAUUACUGACUGCUUGCUUUGCAGUAUGUCACGGCAUCCGCUUAGCCCAAACGCCGAUGCCUUUGCCCACAACAACUACAACGCCACUGCCCCCUCCGAUACUGACCGCGGCUCGCACUACGCUGGUCUUUGAUGACUUCCCCACACCAAGACCUUCUAUGUGCACCGAUGGGACCAGUAAAGAAAGUCCCCUGGGCAGACUACGUAGCGCCAUGAGGAAUAAGAGCUACACCCAAAUGAACGUAUUUUUCGACGCCAUUAUUAUAUUUUUCAGUGACGAACAUUUGAGUGAAGAGCCGUCAAAAGAAGAGCGACGUCUGGAGUACUUCUCCCGAUGGGAUGGCCCCGGCACCGGGGUGGUGAUGGGAGACGGCGGGGCUGCGCUGUGGGUGGCCAGCGGGGACGUGCGGCGGGCCAGGGCUUCGGUCUCGUGCGCCUGGGAAGUCAUUGAUGCGGAUAAUCUGAGCCAGCCUAUUAUACCUGAAUGGAUUGCGGACAAGAUAGGUCGUUCAGGGCGCAUAGGAGCAGAUGCUCGCCUUACCUCCGUGAACGAGUGGCAACUACUUUCCACCAACCUGCAACAAAUGGGCCUCACACUUAUCCCCACACCUACGCUUCUAGACCAGCUGUGGAAUGAAGAGAUAGACCCCGACUUACGCAGGCCGGACUUCUCCAAAAUCGUAGCUAACCUGCAUGUCAUGGAAUAUACUGGUUUAACAUGGAGAGAGAAAAUAACAAAAGUUCGCGAUGAGCUGCAAACGGUAGGCGCUGAUGCCAUGGUUGUCACCGCUUUGGACGAAGUCGCGUGGCUGCUCAACGUUCGCGGCAGGGACCUACCGUACUCCCCGCUCUUGAAGGCGUUCGUGGUUAUCAGCACCAAGGAAGUCAGGGUUUACGCGCCCCCAGGGAAGUUGUCCAUGCCUGUUCGGGAAGCGUUGGCGGUUUAUAACUGUUUUACAAAUAACUGUACAAGGGUGCAAGAAUACACCAAUAUUUACGCCGACCUACGCCGAGCAACUGAGAGCAAGAUCCUCAUUCCCGCCGCGGGGACUUUCCACCGCGGGGCCUCCGCUGCAAUAGCCCAGAGCGUGCCGCAAGCGAAGCGGCUCCAACUGCUGUCUCCCAUUAUCUACUUGAAGGCGCAGAAGAACGAGGCGGAGAGGAAAGGCAUGGCGAAAGCACACCUAAGAGAUGCAGUAGCGAUGUGCACCGUCUUAAGUUAUCUUGAGAAACGAGGGUCAAGUGGUCAAACUGAGAUAACAGUCGCUAAAAUGGUGGACAUGACGCGAGAGACGCAGGCAGGCUUCGUCAGCGCCGCCAUGAAGACGCUCGUGGCUUUUGGCGCCAAUGGAGCCGACCCUUACUAUGUGGCCACCGUGGCUUCUGCCAAGAGGAUCUACACUAACUCUACUUUGGUUAUACGCUCUGGGGGACAAUAUGAUGAGGGCACGACCGUGAUAACGCGUACGGUCCACUUCGCGAAACACCCAAGCAAAGAGCAGAAGCGCGCAUACACGACGGUGCUGCGCUCUGUGGCAGCAUUGGCGACUCUACAGUGGCCCUCCGCCCUGCCCGCCGCGCACCUGGACCCGCUGGCUAGGGCUCCGCUGUGGGCCUCCAAUCAGGACUAUCCGCAUCCCACGGGACAUGGCGUGGGAGCAGCUUUGAAUAGACUUGAAGAUCCCGUGGUGAUAGAUUACAGGCAAGAUGUGAACCUACACACACUCAGAGAGGGGUACUACAUUACUACUGAACCGGCGUGGUACGAAGUUGGUAAAUUUGGAGUGCGACUUGGCAAUGUUCUGGAAGUGAUGGCGAAACCUCACGCAUACUUCCGCUUCCGGGAGGCCACGCUGGUACCCUUCGAGCCCAAUCUCAUCGACGAGGCCAUGCUCACCGAUUAUGAGAUAAACUGGUUGAAUGACUACAACAGUCGGAUAAGAAGCGUGGUGGGUCCGGAACUGAAAGCGCAGGGCCUUCUCGACGUGUUCUAUUGGGUUUUCAACAAGACCGUGCCUUACGAACUGCAUUCCAAACGCAAGAUGGCGCUCCGGAGCGCAGCUGAUCCAAAUUUGAAUGUAGAACUAUUGUCUAUGCUCGCUAUGAUCCUAGCUUAUCUGUUGGCGUGAUUUACUUCAACGUAUAUUAGAAAAUAGAUAUAAAAACACAUUUAAAGGUUUUGAGAUGGAUUGUCGUUAAAUAGGUAGGUAUGAGACUUUGUGGAACAAAAAUCAAAGCUGCCGUGCUUUUGCCUUUUAACCGUAGAGCUUUUGUAAAAAACAUAAACUUAUUAAAAAUCAACAGAAAAAUGGACGCAACAUUAGAUCGAUAAAGAAAUAAAAAGUGUUACCUAAUAUUUAUUCACAGGCAUUCUGUGAUGUAAAAUUAUAAUCAUCUAUAUUAUCAUACUUUGUAAGAAAGAAGUUAUUAACGUAUAGAUUAGACGAUUAUGAUAAUUAAAUUAUUUAUAGGUAUUUAACUUAUUCAUGUCUUAAUUAAUAAUAUUGACCUGAGAUACAAACAAAUAUCGCUAUCCAAAAUGGUGCCUUAUUAUUUGAAUUCACUUUAGUUUCCCAUAGCUUUACUUAGAAAAAAUAAUAAAAGAAUUGCCUUUCUUGCAAAAGUAGUAAAAUAUGUAUUUGUAAUAAAUUAAUAUUAUUGACUAAUAUCAGUUUGAAUUGUAGAAGCGGCAAAAAAAUUAUGUUGCGAAUGUAAUUUACUACUUAAAUGCAAAUUAAAUGAGAGUUUCCAUAUAUGUACCUAGUUUAAUUAGGUAUAGGUAGGUAUUUUCAAAUGUCAAUCUACAUAUAAAACGUGUAUAAAUUUAAUUUAUAUUAAAUGUUUUGUUACAAAUUGACGUUGUUAUAUUUAUAUUAUAUUAUAACAUAUCAAACACCGAGUGCCUUAUUAAACUGUAGUCUGUAUAAAUGCUUACAUUUGUUGUUAAUAUAAAAGUAAAUAACUGUAGCCUUAAAAUUAAGCUUUUUCGGUUAUUUUGUCAAAACAAAGUCUUUAGUAUUGAAGUCUAUAUCGCAAUAGUAAUUAAGAAAAAUAUUCCAAAGUUUUCUCUUCGCCUCUUUCAAUUUAGUCUUUUUAAUUUGUACAUAUCGUAGUUUGAUUAUGAAUAUUACUACUUGUGAAGUGUAAAAUUAACAAUAAGUAGUUAUAGUAGUAACUGUUUUUCAUUUCUUGUCUAUUUUUGAAAAAUAUGUCAAAAAAUUAUUAGAAAUAGAAAUAAUUGAUGUCAUAAGAAUUACUUUAGUCAUUAACCCUUUUUUAUAUUUUUUUUUUAGAUUCAUAUAAAUUUUAAUAUAAUAUUAAUAACCCUUAUUUAUUCAGAAUUGGUGUUGUGAAACAUUACUUUUUAAGUGAAUGUUCCCAUUAGCCUUAUGUACUCUAGCAUAGCAUACCUCAGUUAUAUUAACACAUGUCUUUCAUUUUAAUUAAGAUUUUUACUGACUAUAACAGCAAUUUAUUGUGUAAUAAAUCUUUGAAUAAGUGUUCAUAAAUGUUCUGAACCUAACUUUCAGACUGAGGAUUAAUAAAUAUAUGUGCAGUGUGCUUAUCGUGACUUAAUUUUGCCAUUUUUAAGACAUAGCAAAAACCAAGUUUUAACGGUAACAUAUGCACGCGUAUCUAUAAAUUAAGUGUAUUGUUGUUUUAUUAAUGUAGGUUUAGCAAUAAACAUAAUUAAAUAACCGUGGCCUUUCCAUAAUACAUAUCUACAAAUAUAUAGUUACAUUGUGUCAUAAAAAUAU